ACUUCCUGUUUGGGAUCUCUGGGGUGUCAACAUCGUGCAAAUCACAGGCAGAUUUCGCAAAGCCGAAUGAUCUCAAAAUGAAAACAUAAGCUAAGUGCUUACACCCUGACGCAGAUAAGAUAUCUGUGUCUUGUCUCUUGCAGCAGGGUGCAUCAUGCCGAGCUCCCUCCUGUGGGCUGUUGAUGUGUACGGCAGGGUUUAUAGCCUUUCGACAGCGGGACAGCAGUGGGAGCAUUGUCGCGAUGCCCACUUGGAGUUCAAGCGUGUUACGGCUGUACAGCAGUGCUGCUGGAGCAUUGCCUGUGACCACAACAUCUAUCUGUACGUCCAUGCCAGUGACGUGCCUAUCCGCUACCAAGAGGAGACAUUUGAAAACCAGAGGUGGAACCCCGUCGAUGGCUUCUCGGACCGGCUGUUGCCCAGUGACCGCUGGCAGUGGAGUGAUGUCACAGGGCUGAAGCACCAGCCUCUGGGUGACUUUCAGCUGCCCUCUGAGAACUGGGAGUGGGAGGCGGACUGGUACGUGGAUGAAAACUUUGGAGGAGAGCCCACAGAGAAAGGGGGAUGGACAUAUGCUAUUGAUUUUCCAGCCACUUACACGAAAGACAAAAAAUGGAACUCUUGCGUGCGUCGUCGCAGAUGGAUACGAUACAGAAGGUACAAGGCACAGGACACUUGGGUCAAGAUCCCAUCAGAGCAGACUGAGUCUCUUCCUGACCCGUUUAAUGACAUCACUUGUGGUAGUUGGGAGAUCACUGAGGAGCCCAGAGGGUGUUUGGCACUGUGGGCGGUCUCUCUGCAGGGAAAGGUGUGGUUCCGGUGUGGCAUCAACCAUCAUAGUCCCGAGGGCUCCGUUUGGGAGGAGGUACCUGUACCAGGGGAGGUUGUGCAGAUCAGCUGCGGCCCGGGUGACCUGGUGUGGGCUGUCCUGUGGGAGGGUCAUCUGCUGGUCAGGGAGGGCAUUGGCAGAGAUUGCCUGAAGGGUGAGUGUAGUGGUGAAGUCUGGUUUAGACGGGGUGUGAAUUCUCAUAAUCCUUGUGGCUCAGGUUGGAUAGGUAUGGUUGGAGAGAUGGUCAUGAUCAACGUGGGUCUCAAUGAUCAGGUGUGGGGUAUUGGUUUUGAAGACCGGGCGAUAUAUUUCCGCCAGGGUGUGACUGCCAGCGAGCUGAGUGGGAAGGCCUGGAAAGUUGUGUCUGUACCCAGAGAUAGUGAACGUUCCAACUCUAGCGCCAGCGCAAGCAGCCUUCAGAGUGCUGGUUGUUUCUUUGGUGGUGAAGUGCGUCUGCAGUCCCAGGCAUCAGUGUUGAGUGAUGCAGACCCUGAGACUGAGAGAGCUGGGGGUGAAGUUGUCCCAACACCUGAGAUAGGAGACGCCCCUAAACCACGCAUCCCCAAAGUGACCAGUGACAGCUUCAUCUCAGAGCUCGUGUCUGACCGUGAAGGCCAAAUCAGUCGCCGUGACGUCCCCCCAGCUGGCCCAUCUAUUCCUGAGGAAGAUCACCCAGAAAAAGAGUUGGAGGACAGGGCUUCCCCAGCCCAGGUUCUGUCUCCUAGCCAAUCAGGUGGGGUGGAUCCUCAAUGGAGCAAUGUGGACCUAGAGGAAGCCCAGACGCACCUCACAGCUGGACCUGGAGGAGACGCAGCUGAAACCAGCAGCCUGUCCUCUGUAGCCACCUAUAACUUGGCCCAAGAGGAGCCUUACGGGCCAGAUGAGCAUCCAAAAUGGGCCUGGGUUAGCGGUGGGGGAUGUUUGGUUGAGUGUCACACACAGCUCAACUGGUUCAACUCUUCUACAUCCACAGCCCUGAACUCCUCCAUGCAGGCCAUGUCUCUCUCCAUUACACCUGCUCAAACGGCAGCAUGGCGUAAACAGAUAUUUGAGCAGCUCAGCGAGCGCUCCAAGAGAGAAAUGGAGAAUUUCAUGAAUUAUGAGCAGGCCAUUGAACAGACUGUCAUUGACAUAGCAACAUCUGUGUGGGUGAAGAAGGGCACCAUGCAGUGGUGGCGAGACUGGAAACCUCAUAAGUGGGUGGAUGUUCAGUUUGCACUGGAGCAGUUUUCAGGAACGGAGGGUAACAAGGAUGGGAUUCUGUUUAUCUACUACACAUUUAAUGAUGAAAAGAAGUAUCUCCACGUGUUCAUUAACGAAGUGACAAUCCUGGUGCCAGUAUUGAAUGACUCCAAACACACAUUUGCCAUCUAUACAGCAGAGCGAACCAAACAGAGGUGGCCCAUCCGCCUGGCUGCGGCCACAGAGCUGGAGAUGCACGACUGGCUGGCUCUGCUCAGUGUGUCCUGUUGUGACUCUAGAGGUAUUCAGGGCCCACCCUCGAAACAAGCCAUCUGGUCGGUCACCUGUAAAGGUGACAUCUUUGUGAGCGAGCCCACAAAAGAACUAGAGGCAUCUCCCUACCCCACACCGUGUGAUCAGAUGUUCUGGCGUCAAGUCGGAGGGCAUUUGCGUAUUAUUGAGUCCAACAGUCUUGGUGUGGUGUGGGGGAUUGGCUAUGACCACACUGCCUGGGUCCACACAGGAGGCUAUGGAGGAGGCUUCUUCCAGGGUUUGGCAAGCAGCACAGAUAACAUCUACACACAGACUGAUGUGAAGAGCGUUUAUAUCUAUGAGAACCAGCGCUGGAAUCCUGUCACUGGUUACACUAACAGGGGUCUCCCUACUGACCGUUAUAUGUGGAGCGAUGCCUCAGGUCUGAAGGAGUGCACUAAAAACAACACAAAACCACCCUCCCCCAACUGGACUUGGGUCUCAGACUGGACUAUUGACUAUGUUGUGCCAGGUGGCACAGACAGAGAGGGCUGGCAGUAUGCAGCUGACUUUCCUGCGUCAUACCACGGAAAUAAAACAUUGAAGGACUUUGUCCGCCGCAGACGUUGGGCCAGAAAGUGUAAACUCACAACAACUGGCCCCUGGCAGGAAGUCCCACCUAUAUCUUUGAGUGACAUCACAAUCCUGCCUUGUGGACCGAAGAGCACAGUGGAACAGGUGUCAUUGUGGGCCAUCAGCAACAAAGGAGACGUCUUGUGCCGUCUGGGUGUCUCUUCACUUACCCCUGGAGGGUCAUCAUGGUUACAUGUUGGAACUGACCAGGCUUUCAAGUCGAUUUCCAUAGGUGCCGUCCACCAGGUUUGGGCCAUCGCUAAAGAUGGCUCUGCAUUCUACAGGGGCUCUGUGUCUACCCAGAACCCGGCAGGAGAUUGCUGGUAUCACAUCCCUUCUCCAACCGGACAGAAGCUCAAACAGGUGUCAGUGGGCAGGACAUCUGUAUACACAGUGGAUGAAAAUGGUAAUCUGUGGUACAGACAUGGUGUGACCCCCAGUUACCCUCAGGGCUCAUCAUGGGAGCACAUCUCCAAUAAUGUGCGCAAGGUGUCUGUGGGACCUCUGGACCAGGUAUGGAUCAUUGCGGAUAAGGUGCAGGGCAGUCACAGUUUGAGCUGUGGCACUGUGUGUCGCCGACUGGGGUUGCUGCCGAUGGAACCCAAAGGACACUCGUGGGACUAUGGCAUUGGGGGCGGAUGGGAUCAUAUAACAGUCAGAGGAAAUGCCAUGGAGGCACCUCGCAUUCUGAUGCCAUCCCUGACUGACAACCAGACAGCAACACGGCCACUGCAAACCAGUAACCAGCCAGAGAUGAACGGGAACCCAGUGGGAUGUUAGUCAAACUGCUGAGCUCUUUAUGCUAACCGUCUCUACUGUAGCCAUGUAGAAGUUUUCUUCCCUUCUGUAGCGCUUCUCUUGUUUAGAGCAGAAUUACUCAAUCCCACUUAACAAAUCGUGCGACUCGAGCUCCCGCACAUGCAGACGACUCUGUGGUUUUGUUUGUACCUCAGCUGAAUUCACAUUUUCUAGUUAGUUUGAAAGAUGUUUUCUCCUUUUGAGGGCUCUCAUGGAUAUUGAGGCCACUUCCAGUAAUGCCCUCUCCUUUUUAACACUCCCAUCAUUCGUCAUUAUGUUUUUUACAUAGUACUUUUGUUUAGAGGAUCUUAAUUUAAUGUUUAUUUAUUCGUCUGUGGUAAAAUCACGAUUGCCCGUAUGCUUUUUUGAUUUUUUUUAUUUGAAUUCAGGGGCAUUAAAUACAAAAGGUCACAGUGUAAGCUACUGUAGGUACACUACAAGCAUUUUAUAUUAAACAUCACACACAAACAACAUUUUUAAACAAACACCUGCUUCUGGGAAUUUUAAACAUCGGUUUAAGCAUAAAAGAGUCUGUAAUACUUU